GGCAGCUCAAAUGAGAAGUUUGGGACCAUUUCCAUAGCCUAUGGCCCUAUGCUGACUCAGUGACUCGUGUGCCAACAAAAAACCGCCGAUCUGCAAUCACUAGUAUUCUUCUUCUACUAUGAUUAAUAUGCAGAAGGCAGCCCAUGAUCUCAAUCCUCAGAAGGCUAUUACCACCGCCUGCCACUACUCAUGGAGCUGCCCAAUGCAUGCGGAGGCUCACAGAGACUCAUCGUCUUAGCCCAGCAGCUCCGCCUCUACAAGCCGCCGCCUUUUCCCUCCGACGACGACAUUGAGGAGCAAAGAAUCGAAGAAACCGCCGGCAAGGUCGUGUCCCAGGUGGGUUUUGCCGAAUCCGACACCCCAGUUGCAAGGGACCUAGAAAAGUUCAGACCCAAAAGAGCCGCCGUCUUGGUCUGUCUCUUUGAAGGGGAUGCCGGCGAUCUGCGCGUCAUUCUCACUAAGCGGUCGUCGGGGCUUUCCACUCACUCGGGUGAAGUUUCUUUGCCGGGUGGGAAAACAGAGGAGGGGGACAAGGACGAUGGGGACACGGCGACGAGGGAGGCGAAAGAGGAGAUUGGUUUGGAUCCUAAGCUUGUCAAUGUUGUGACAGUCCUUGAACCAUUCUUAUCGAAGCAUCUGCUAAGGGUUGUUCCGGUUAUUGGCAUACUUAAUGAGAAGGAAGCAUUCAAGCCGGAUCCAAAUCCUGCUGAAGUGGAAGCGGUAUUCGAUGCUCCCUUGGAAAUGUUCCUCAAGGAUGAAAACCGGACGUCAAAGGAGAGGGAGUGGAUGGGAGACAAGUUUCUGAUCCAUUUCUUCGACUACGAAACCAAGAACAAGAAGUACAUGAUUUGGGGCCUAACUGCAGGUAUCUUGAUUAGGGCCGCAUCAGUUGUAUACAAACGGCCACCAAAUUUUGUGGAGCAAAAUUCCCGUUUUAAGGUUACUAAGAGUUGUAGAUAGAAAUAAGACAAUCCCAUAAAUUAUUGUCAACGAAUCGUAUCGAUUUGUAUUGGAAACGAUCGUCAUUCCUGCAUUAAUAUUUACCUCACUAUCGAUUUGUACUGGAAA